AUGAGGGCGGCAUCGCGCUCACUCUCGCAUGUCAGUGGCAUGUCCCGCUCGGCUGCUCCCGCUCGGCGCAUCUCUGCACAACUGUUGAGCUCAAGUCACACCCUAGCCUGUACACCAGCGUCUCAGCUUGGUCAGCACCGAACCCUCUUUGGCUUCUCUCUCUUUGGCGGCGGCAAAAAGGACAAGAAGAAGGAUGCAUUUGCGCUGCCACCUCGCACUGCCAAGAAGCCAGUGCUGGCACAGGACAACCUUUUCCACCCUUUCUCGAAAUCGCCCAUCGCAUCGAUUCGUGCACGUGGCGAACGCAUCCGAUCGCUAGCGCCAUGUCCAGUCAGCAUGUCCAAGUACAAAGUGCGUCGUCUCGUCAACUUUGAAUGCCCCGACUGUGGCUGGCCAACGCACUAUAGCGAAAAGGAAUGGGCUCAAGACACCGAGCAUGGCAAGUACGUGGCACGUUUGCGCGAAGCCAACGAGGACGAGCACGACCUUCGCAGCGGCCGUGAAAUGUCCGAGUUCAAGCUGCCCGGCCCGCAAGGAUUCGAAGAGACGAUCAACAUGUCCAACUGGGACGUCUUCUUCUACACGCGAAACUUUAACUCGAUCGAGUCAGAUCGCAGCCGACGACACGUCAGCAAGCUUCUCACUUUCCCCACCACCAUGGCCGCCGUGAUUCACGAGAACAGUCCCUACACCAAAAAGUCGCGCAGACUGACGCACGAGGGACUGCGUAGCAUGAUCGCCCUUCGACAGACGCUUCAUCCGAAACAGGGCGACAAGCCAAUGCUUGACAAGAUGCGCAUCUUUGUCGUUGGUGCAAGAGCCGAGUCAACACUGCCACCGGCGGUCUGGGAUCAGCUGACCUACAUGUUCCCCAACGUGCCCCUCCAUCUAUUCCUCAUUGGCCCUGAAGCACACAUCCCUACCGACAAGCAGCUCUCAUUACAGCAACACCGUGCAGGCCCAGGUUCAGGUGCUAUCUCGAUGCACAAGGGACGCAUCCGCAAGUCCAACUACGGCGUACCCUCUCGCACCGUCGUCGUUUCAGAAGGCCUCACCAUCACCACCAUCCAGUCCAAUUACCAAGACGUUCACACUCAGCUCGAGCCAUUCGACGCCUACACCGAUGUGUUUUUCGCUUUCAGUCCUGGUUUCGGUUUCCCUUCGCAGCUUGCUGUCGACGAGGCCGACAAAGCCCGACAAGAAGAUCGCGAUCACGAGGCGCACUUUGCACGCGCCAAGAGCACCUACCAUGCUGUUGGAGCUGAAGCUGCCGAAUCGACCGAGGCAUCGGCGCAAAAGGCUGCUGACGACGCCGUCGAGCUCGCAAAGGCGCAAAUCGCCGAGCAGCAGAUACGCCUCGAUGGUGACUCGACGGCUUCCAGUGCCGCAUCAGUCAAACCCGUUGCAGCUGCUGCUUACACGAUCGAUGCCACCUCGUCACCUCAAGGCGGUGACAUUCCAUCCGAAGAGCCCGCUCCCGUGCUUACUUCACCCGACGGCCACACGUUCACCGCGCUUACCACAGCACCCGUAGUGCAGGCACAGCGCGAAUGGGCACGUGCCAUCGGACAGAUCCUCUCGACACGCUGUGCUCUGAUCGCUACCGGCUUCUCACCCGCCGACGUCGAGCGCGACGUGCUCGCCUUUGAGAGUGUCGACGGGGUUCGUGGCGAAUUCGACUGGCUCAUCACCCCCGGUGAAAAUGUGUUUGCUUCUCAACAGUGGGCUGUGGCUGAUUUCGAUCCCAGAGUCGCUGUCAAGGCUAAUUGGGGUCUCUGGGCUGUCCGAGGCAAGAGGUACGAUAUCCAAGGCCCAACAGGUUACUAA